GGCCCUAGAGUUAAUCCCAUCAGCCGAGAUGAACCUCUAGUCUUGCUUUGAAAAAGGCAUUUUGUGUAACUCUUGACUGUGAAUAAUUUCCUAAUACACCUGUUGGGACAAUCACUGACAGAGUAUACCAUUUGAGAGGUACUUUUCUUGACCAAAUACUGGUGAUUAGAGAAGAGAGGUAUUUUUGUUUUGUUUUUUUUUUUUUUUUUCCUCUGAUCAUUAUGAACAUUGGCUUUUCACUUCUGAAGUAAAAAUGUUGAAAGCCGAGUCUUCAGGUGAACGAACCACUCUCAGAAGUGCCUCUCCUCACAGGAAUGCAUAUAGAACUGAGUUCCAGGCACUGAAAAGUACCUUUGACAAGCCCAAGUCAGAUGGGGAACAAAAAACAAAAGAAGGUGAGAGCUCCCAACAGAGCAGGGGGAGGAAAUAUGGCUCUAAUGUCAACAGAAUUAAAAAUCUAUUUAUGCAGAUGGGUAUGGAACCCAAUGAGAAUGCUGCUGUCAUUGCCAAAACAAGGGGGAAAGGUGGACAUUCCUCUCCUCAGAGGAGAAUGAAGCCCAAAGAAUUUCUGGAGAAAACAGAUGGCUCUGUUGUUAAAUUGGAGUCCUCUGUUUCUGAACGAAUUAGUAGAUUUGACACAAUGUACGAUGGCCCUUCAUAUUCUAAGUUCACUGAGACUCGGAAGAUGUUUGAGAGAAGUGUGCAUGAGUCAGGACAAAACAACCGCUAUUCCCCAAAAAAGGAGAAAGCUGGGGGGAGUGAACCUCAGGAUGAGUGGGUUGGUUCCAAGUCCAAUAGAGGCAGUACUGAUUCCUUGGACAGCCUCAGCUCCCGGACUGAGGCUGUCUCCCCAACUGUGAGUCAACUGAGUGCAGUAUUUGAGAACACUGAUUCCCCCAGUGCCAUCAUUUCUGAAAAAGCUGAGAACAGUGAAUACUCAGUGACUGGGCAUUAUCCCUUGAAUUUACCAUCUGUUACUGUUACAAAUCUUGACACCUUUGGCCACCUUAAGGAUUCUAAUUCUUGGGCUCCUUCAAACAAACAAGAUGUUGAUACAGAGGAUGCUCAGAAGAGUCAUACUACUCCAGUACUAGAAGUGGCUUCUAAAAGUAGCUCUCUAGCUCUGAUACCUAGUGAAGAGAACCAGCAGAGCAAGGAAGCCGAAGACUCCACAUCUAACCAGGAGACUCCUGGCAGAAGUGACAUUACCGAAGAACCUUGUGCUGAAAAUAAGACAAUGCCAAAAUCGGGACUCCUCUCACCACAAAACAAACCUUUAGAAGAUGCUGAAGCUAAUUUGGCAGCAAAGCAACAGAAGAAAAGAUUUGCAGGUGGUGAUUUUCCCUCUCCUGAUACUUCUGCAUCCAGUUGUGGAAAAGAAACACCUGAAGAUUCAUACAAUUUGGAGAGUUCCCAUGUGUAUAUGCAGAGUGACUAUAAUGUGUAUAGGGUGAGAUCCAGGUAUAAAUCAGACUGGGGAGGGACAGGCACUGAGCAGGACGAGGAGGAAGAUAGUGAUGAGAAUUAUUACUAUCGGGCUGAUAUGGAAUACUCGGAAAUCCUUGGGUUGUCAGAAGAAGAAGACAUCCCAGAAAAUAGGAAAAUUAAGUUUAGUAGAUCUCCGAUUAAGGUUUUCAACACAUACUCCAAUGAAGACUAUGACAGGAGAAAUGAAGACGUUGACCCUGUGGCUGCUUCAGCUGAAUUUGAACUUGAAAAACGUGUUGAAAAACUGGACCUGUUCCCAGUGGAACUAGAGAAAGAUGAGGAUGGUCUUGGUAUAAGUAUUAUCGGAAUGGGUGUUGGAGCAGAUGCUGGCCUUGAAAAGCUGGGAAUAUUUGUCAAGACAAUAACAGAUGGUGGUGCUGCUCAGCAGGAUGGCAGAAUACAUGUCAAUGACCAGAUUGUGGAAGUGGAUGGAACCAGCUUGGUGGGUGUCACACAGAAUUUUGCUGCAACAGUUCUCAGAAACACUAAGGGCAUUGUCAGAUUCCUUAUUGGGCGAGAAAAGCCAGGAGAAGUGAGCGAGGUCGCCCAGUUGAUAAGCCAGACUCUGGAACAGGAGCGGCGCCAGAGAGAUCUUGCGGAGCGCCAUUACACCCAGUAUGAUGCUGAUGACGAUGAGACAGGAGAAUAUGCCACAGAUGAAGAGGAGGAAGAGGCAGGAGCUGCUGCUCUUCCUGCCAGUGACAUGGCCAUUGAAGUCUUUGAGCUGCCUGAGAGUGAGGAUAUGUUUUCCCCCUCAGACCUGGACACCGCCAGGCUCAGCCACAAAUUCAAGGAGUUGCAAAUCAAACACGCAGUUACAGAAGCAGAGAUUCACAAACUGAAGACCAAGCUACAAGCCGCAGAAAACGAGAAAAUGCGCUGGGAGCUAGAAAAAACCCAGCUGCAGCAGAACAUUGAAGAUAACAAACAAAGAAUGCUGAAUCUGGAGACCUACUGGAUUGAGGCUCAAACAUUAUGCCACACUGUCAACGAACAUCUCAAAGAGACUCAAAGCCAGUAUCAAGCCUUGGAGAAGAAAUACAACAAGGCAAAGAAACUGAUCAAGGAUUUUCAGCAAAAAGAAAUUGAUUUCAUCAAAAGACAGGAAGCAGAAAGGAAGAAAGUAGACGAUAUGGAGAAAGCCCAUCUUAUGGAAGUUCAGGCCCUACAAAUGCAGAUUAGAGAUAUGGAAGAUGAGUUGUUCAGGCUACUGAAGCAAAGUGGAACUCAGGUUAACAAUAACAACAACAUUUUUGAGAGGACAACAUCUCUUGGUGAAGUCUCUAAAAGUGAUACCAUGGAGAAUUUGGGUGUCAAGCAAACAUCUUGUCAAGAUGGCCCAAGCCAAGACUUGACUGCAGCAGUUCCAGAAACAGAGCGCCUGGACUCAAAAGCGCUGAAAACUCGAGCCCAGCUCUCCGUAAAGAACAAACGCCAGAAGCCCACUAGGCCUAGACUCUACGAUAGUGUCAGUUCCACAGAAGGGGAGGACAGUGUAGAGCGAAAGGGUUUGAGAACUUCUUCUUCCGACUCAGAUUCUGGUGGUCCACCCCUCACCCCAGUGGCUAGCAAUGUGCCCUUCUCGUCUGAUCACAUUGCUAAGUUUCAAGAAGGACCACUGUACCCAGAAAGGGAGACUUUCUCCUCUCUUUGGGGAGACACUUCAUUCUUUUCUCCUUCAAAAUCUGAUCAUGAUGCAGAAGAAUCUCCUUGCCACCAUCAAGCCACUGACACGAAAAUACAACAAGAAAAAGAUGGUGCCAAAGGUCCCAAAUCAUUAAGGGCAUCCAGUUCGUUGGUGGUGCACGGAGGAAAAAUUAAGCGGAAGUUUGUGGAUCUGGGGGCACCUUUGCGAAGGAAUUCCAACAAGGGAAAGAAAUGGAAAGAAAAAGAAAAAGAAGGCAAUAGGUUUUCUGCAGGUAGCAGGAUCUUCAGAGGCAGGCUGGAAAACUGGAAACCCAAGCCACCCUCCGCAGCUCAGGCCUCCACUCGCUCCCCUUGCAUGCCUUUCUCGUGGUUUAACGAAAGCCGGAAAGGAUCCUAUUCCUUCAGGAACCUGCCUUCACCUACAAGUCCCCUUCAGCCUUCUCUCACGACUCUAAUUUCAGAUAAAAAGGGGUCCAAGAGUUUUACCUUCAAUGAUGACUUCAGUCCCAGCAGCACCAGUUCCGCAGACCUGAGCGGCUUAGGAGCAGAAUCCAAAACACCAGGACUCUCUCAGUCCUUAGCGCUGUCAUCUGACGAGAUCCUUGAUGAUGGACAGUCUCCCAAACACAGUCAGUUUCAGAGUCGGGCCGUACAUGAAUGGAGUGUGCAGCAGGUUUCUCACUGGUUAAUGAGCAUAAAUCUGGAGCGGUAUGUAUCUGAAUUCUGUGCCCAAAACAUCACUGGAGAGCAGCUCCUGCAGUUGGAUGGAAAUAAACUUAAGGCUCUUGGAAUGACAUCAUCCCAGGACCGAGCCACAAUCAAGAAAAUGCUCAAGGAAAUGAAGAUAUCUCUAGAGAAGGCUCGGAAGGCCCAAGAGAAAAUGGAAAAGCAGAGAGAAAAGCUCAGGAGGAAGGAACAAGAGCAAAUGCAGAGGAAGUCCAGGAAGUCCGAAAAGAUGACAUCAACUACAAGGGAGGGCGCUGGUGAGCAGUAAUACACCCGCU